AUGCAGGAGGGAUUACAGAACCAAUCUGUGCAGGAAUUAGAAAAUUAUGCUGCAUACAAGGCUGAAGAAACAACACACAAAGUAAAUGAUUGUCUCAAGAUUGCUCAAGUCAUAAGGGAAGAUGCCUCAGACAUACUUGUGAUGCUGCACCAGCAAGGAGAGCAGAUUACACGUACUCAUGAAACCACUGUUAGCAUUGAUCAUGACCUCAGUCGGGGUGAGAAACUGGCCCAGUUUUUACAACAGAUUGAGAAGGCAAAACAAGAUGACACCCUUUCAGACUUUAGUGAUGUCUUGGGGCAGCUGAAAGGCAUGGCCCUUGACAUGAGUACAGAGAUGGACAGGCAAAACAAGGCUUGGUUGCCUGCCUUGCAUGAUGAUGUGGAAGAGCUGAAUUCCCGAGUGAAAGGAGCCAACCGACGCACUCGCCGGUUACUCGGCAAAUAGGGGCUGCAGAUGUUCAAUCAUUCAGGAUAGCAGAUAAGCAAGUCCUUAUAUUAGAUUUUUUUUACCCACUUCUAUUUCCAUUAUAUGGCCACUUUUCAGCUUUUGCACAUGAAUUAUUACAUUCUUCC